AAGCGAGUCGCGCAGGCGCUCUUCCUUUCUCGAGUCUCCUCUAGCCGCUUGUUGGUGAUAUAGAACUGCUCCUUGAUUCGACGACGACUCGGCUCGAAAGACUCUCGCCUAGAGAGCAACGCCAUGUUCCGGCGGAAACUGACGGCGCUCGACUAUCACAACCCAACUGGGUUCAACUGUCGAGAUGAAACAGAAUUCAGAAACUUUAUUGUUUGGCUUGAAGACCAGAAAAUCCGACACUAUAAAAUAGAAGACAGGGGGAACUUAAGAAACAUCCAUAAUGCCACAGAAUGGUCAAAGUCCUUUGAAAAGUACCUUAAAGAUGUGAAUUGUCCUUUCACUAUACAAGAACGGCAAGAAGCCAUUGAUUGGCUUUUGGGAUUGGCAGUUAGGCUUGAGUAUGGAGACAAUGCUGACAAAUAUAAGGACCCUACACCAGAAGGGUCUAAAAAUGCAGAUAACGCAGCCAAAAAUGCAGAACCCCUGAUAAACCUGGAUGUGAAUAAUCCUGAUUUUAAAGCUGGCGUGAUGGCUUUGGCGAAUCUUCUUCAGAUUCAACGUCACGAUGACUAUUUGGUUAUGCUUAAGGCAAUUCGCAUUUUGGUUCAAGAACGCUUAAGUCAGGAUGCUGUUGCAAAAGCAAAUCAGUCAAAAGAGGGUUUGCCUGUCACCUUAGAUAAACAUAUUCUUGGCUUUGACACUGGAGAUGCUGUCCUCAAUGAAGCUGCUCAGAUCCUCCGACUACUGCACAUAGAAGAGCUCCGUGAGUUACAGACCAAGAUAAAUGAAGCCAUCGUAGCUGUUCAAGCGAUUAUUGCGGAUCCAAAAACUGAUCAUAGACUUGGCAAAGUCGGGAGAUGAACA